AUCUGAUUGUUGUUUACGCUGGAACAAAUUCGAUUACUGAAACAGAAAGGAGGAAGGAAGGAGAUGUUUGAACACAUCACAGCAAGUGAACUGGCAGGGUAUGGGGUUGGCACUCUCCUCUUAGGUGCCACCAUUUCUGCCACCAAAAUCGAUUCUCUCAUUUCUGCUUCCCAACGGAGCUCUCUGAGCAUGUGCAAGAAAUGUGGUGAUCUCAGGAUGAUAGCAUGCUCAAACUGUAAAGGAUUAGGCUUAGUUAAAGAAGGGGGACAAUUCAGCUUCAUUCCUGUGGAUGACCUCUACCCGUCAUUUGGGGGUGAAUCAAAGGUGAGAUCCAUUGCAUGCACCAAAUGUCGAGCUAAAGGACAUUUCUGCUGCCCUGAAUGUUCUAAAUAACCCCAAGAUUGAUCUUGUUGUCAUGGAAAAGUAUAUCUUCCCCAUAAAAUCAUGCUUUGUUAAAAACUUGAUUAUUCAAGAAAACUCAAUGACUCGCUUGCAGAACUGAAAUAUGCAACUAUGGCCCGUCUUUUGUACCUUAAGAUUUGAUUCUAUAUAUCAAUGCUAGUACGUCAGUGGUUUGCUCAA